CGGCUGGUGACGUAGGCUGAGGGAGGGGGAAGAGACAAGAUGGCGGCGGCGGGGCUCUGAGGCGGAGGGGAGCUCGGGGCCGCCUAUCACCGGAUUUAUGGCCGCGGAGGAGAAAACCGGGAGGAGCCGGGAACUGCUGAGCCGCCGGGAAGCAUGGAUCAGCAUCUCGUAGGAGAACCUGGGAUUCGGAAUUACACGGCGAUGUGGGAUAACACUUUGGACAGCCGUCAGGCAGAAUGUCUGAGUGAGUGACGACAUGGGUGUGAAUGCAUCAAGCUACCCCCACUCGUGUUCCCCGAGGGUAGGGGGAAACGCGCAGACACAGCAAACGUUUAUAGGCACCUCCUCCUACUCUCACCAAGGCUAUGGCUAUGACUCCAAGUUAUACAGCCUUGAACAUGGCCACGAAAAACCGCAAGACAAGAAAAAGAAAACUUCUGGUCUUGCCACACUCAAGAAGAAGUUCAUCAAGCGGCGUAAGUCGAGCAGGUCGGCGGAUCACGCCAAGCAGAUGAGAGAACUGCUGUCCGGCUGGGAUGUCCGAGACGUCAACGCGCUUGUGGAGGAAUAUGAGGGGACGGCGGCCUUAAAGGAGCUCUCUCUGCAAGCCAACGUGGCACGUCCAGAGGCUAGGACUUUACAGAAAGAUAUGGCCGACCUGUAUGAAUACAAGUACUGUACAGAUGUGGAUCUGAUAUUCCAGGAGACGUGCUUUCCUGUGCACCGCGCCAUAUUGGCGGCAAGGUGCCCUUUCUUUAAGAAGCUGCUCUCGUCAUCUCCGGAGUAUGGGGCGGAAAUCAUUAUGGAUAUCAAUACCGCGGGUAUCGAUAUGCCGAUGUUCUCUGCCCUGUUGCAUUAUCUGUACACGGGGGAGUUUGGCAUUGAGGACUCCAGGUUCCAGAACGUAGAUAUUCUCGUGCAACUCAGUGAGGAAUUCGGUACGCCCAACUCGCUGGACUUUGACAUGCGUGGGCUCUUUGACUACAUGUGCUACUACGACGCGGUGCUUAGCUUUUCCUCCGACUCUGAGCUGGUGGAACAGUAUGGAGCUCAGAGCUGUUUAGAGGAAGAGCUGCGAGCCCACAAGGCGGUCCUCUCUGCGCGUUCUCCGUUCUUCCGCAACUUGCUGCAAAGGCGAAUACGCACUGGGGAGGAGAUUACAGACCGGACAUUAAGGACUCCAACUAGAAUCAUUCUAGAUGAAUCCAUAAUACCAAAAAAAUAUGCAAAAGUCAUUUUGCAUUGCAUGUACACGGAUGUUGUGGACCUGUCCUAUGUCUUGCACUGUAGCCCAUCUAUCGGGAGUCUGAGCGAAGUGCAGGCUCUGGUAGCAGGAAAGCCAAACAUGACCCGACCGGAGGAAGCAAUGGAGCUCUACCACAUAGCACUAUUCUUGGAGUUUAAUAUGCUUGCACAAGGCUGCGAGGAUAUCAUUGCAGAGAGUAUCUCUCUAGACACCUUAAUCGCCAUCUUUAAGUGGAGCUCACAGCCCUAUGGUUCCAGCUGGGUGUACCGCCAAGCUUUGCACUUUCUGUGUGAGGAGUUCAGUCAGGUCAUGACUUCGGACGUCUUCUAUGAGCUCAAUAAGGAUCAUCUGCGGAGCGUCAUCCUGUCAGACUAUCUGCAGGCAAGCGAGCAGGAUAUCCUGAAAUAUUUAAUCAAGUGGGGGGAAUACCAGCUGAUGAAGAGGAUAGCAGACCGAGAGCCCAACCUGCUGAGCGGCACUGCGCACAGUGUGAACAAGCGAGGCGUAAAACGCCGGGACUUGGAUGUGGAGGAGUUGAGGGAGAUAUUGUCGUCUUUGCUGCCUUUUGUCCGCAUCGAGCAUAUCUUACCUAUGAACAGUGAUGUGUUGAGUGACCCUAUGAAGCGGGGCCUGAUCAGCACUCCUCCUGCGGAUAUGUUGCCAACGUCUGACAGCGGGAAGUCCAACUCUUGGUUACGCCAAAAGAAUGCCGGCAUUUAUGUCAGGCCCAGACUGUUCUCGCCCUAUGUAGAGGAAGCUAAGUCUGUGCUGGAUGAGAUGAUGGUGGAGCAGACGGACCUGGUCCGUUUAAGGAUGGUUCGGAUGUCCAAUGUUCCCGACACAUUGUACAUGGUAAACAAUGCCGUGCCACAGUGCUGUCACAUGAUCAACCACCAGCAAAUCAACAGCAGCCAGGCGAGUCCUCCUACAGUUGUAGCAAAUGAAAUACCAGUUCCUCCCCUUGGGGUGGUGAAGGAGAUGAUUCGGCGCCUGCAGGAACUUCGCCACACGGAACAAGUUCAACGCGCGUACGCCUUAAACUGUGGAGAAGGUGCUACCGUCAGCUAUGAGAUCCAAAUCCGGGUCCUGAGAGAGUUUGGGUUGUCAGAUUCUGCAGCUGAGCUGUUACAGAAUCCUCUCAAGUUCUUCCCAGAUGAAAGGUUUGGGGAUGAGAGUCCUCUUCUGACCCUGCGUCAGUCUGGGAGGUGUAGGAUUAACAGCACCCCUGCUACGGAAACCAUGUUUACUGACAUAGAUUCUUACGUGGCCUUCCAUCCUCCAUUGCCCCCUCCACCUCCACCUUAUCACCCCCCAGCGACACCCAUUCACAACCAGUUUAAGGUGGGCUGGAAGCACAGAGUGCCUAGCCAGCAUCCCUCACGUUCCUUUUCCUACCCCUGCAACCAUACAGUGUUCCACUCCAGGACCAUGCCUAAAGCUACACCACCUUCCUACCUACCUGGUGUCAAAACUGUACCCCCUGAUUGCACUAAUACUGGCCUUGGAAGGCAGACCGUAGCAGCGGCCGCAGCAGCCGCCCUGGCGGCAGAACAGCAAGCGUGCGGUGAACCGGUUCUAAAUGAGUUUAUGCCGGAUAUAGCAAUAGGAGUCUCCUCAAUGUCGCUGAAGGACCGGAGGCUACCAGAACUGACCAUCGAUACCCAGCUGAGCCAGCAAGUGUCAGACAUGAUGCCGCUCCACGUCCAGCAUCACGCCUACGUCCCCAGCCGGCAUAUGCACAGUUCACGGCAGAAACAAACUGUAGAACAGAAAAUGGAUUCCCGCGAAAGCCAGCCGGAGUACCCGGAGUUCUAUGACUUCUCCAAUUCUGCCUGCCGACCGUCCACACCGGUCCCCAGCAGACACUCCCCCUUGGCCUCGCAGGGCCAUUAUUUCGGCCCCGAUUUGUACAGUCACAGCAAACCUCCAAGUGGAUUAAAGCCCUCCUAUCUCUCCAACCAGAUGUCUCCGAAAAAGCAAGACGACUCCAGGAGAGAUUACCUGUUCUCCCAGGACAGUCACCCGCACAGGCAAAAGAAUGAACCGUUACACCUUGAUGUCUUAGAACAACCUCCUCAAAGACUUGACCUCGCCCUCGCCGCCCAAGAGGGCGCCAGCCACGGUUCUCACCACGGCCGGGGACGUGCGAAAAUGGAAUCCGACCUGACGUACGGCCUGACCUCGAACAGACCCUCGCACUCUGCCUACAGCUCCGACCGACAGGACGAGCGGGUGUUCAGGAGGAUCACAGACGGCGACCUCUUGGAUCACACCACACAGAGGAACGUGGACCUGGAGCGGGAGGACGCCGUGGGCAGAGAGCGAAGAUCUCCCAAUAAGCCUGACUUUCUCUACAAGAAGUCCGCUCUCUGAGGAUAGCAUAAAAUAAAAAAAAUAAUGAAAUAACCUCUUGACAUAAUCUCUGUGCCUAAAACUUGUGGAGUACAACACUUUCCAUGGAUUAGUUCUGAGCUGUGUCAAUCUAUGCUUUACUGGAAACAACCCAGCCUGCGUUACCUUCUCUCAUACGCCGCAGUCUCCUCUGUGGUGGCUUCAUUCUAUACAAUGGAUGUUUUGCAAUGUUUUUGUUUUUUUUUUGUUUGUUUUUCUACUUCUUUUAGCUGGCACCUUGAUUUUCUAACGUUUUAUUUGCAGCCUAAUUUUGCACCUUUUGCCUCUUUAUGAAUUUGCAACAUGUCGGUCACUUACGGGAACAGUGCAUUUGUACAUUAUUAUGUUUUUAAUUUUUUUUUUCUUACUUUCACAUUGACCUCAUGGGUUCAGUGGAUUUAAAAAAACAAACAAACAAUAUUUUCUACCGAGACAAGAUAAAAAAAAAAAAAUUAUUAUUAUUUUGUGAUAAUGAAGUGAUCCAAAGAAGCACACGUAGAAUUUCUGCGUCCUUCCGCCCAAGGUUUCAUCCCGUUCUGACGUCUUCCUGAUAAGUUUGGCGUCAGAAUUCCGUCCUGACCCUAUGGUGACGCUUCACACAAACACACACACGUCCUCACUUCUGUAAUCGCUUCUGAUGGAACACGUGUAUGGAAUGGUUGAGCAGAAUCACUGCUGCUGGGGAAUAGCAGAGCUGAGAUUGUCAUUUGGUCCUUUCUGUGAUAUUUUAGGUAUCUUGGGGAGCACUUCAUGAUCUCACAUUGUCUGGGGCUCUUUACAUUGGAACCUACUAAGCUUUUUCUUAAGGGGUUUUCAGUAAUAAUAAUCUACUGGAUAUGUGAUAGCUUCUAGAACAGUAUUCCUAACCGGUGUGCCUCCAGCUGUUGCAAAACUACAACAUCCAGCAUGCCUGGUCAGCCAAAGGCUGUAGUUUUUCAACUGCUGGAGCAGUGGUUCCCAAGCAGUGUGCUUAUAGCUGUUGCAAAACUACAAUUCCCAGCAUGCCCGGACAGCCAACGGCUGUCUGGGCAUGCUGGGAGUUGUAGUUUUGCAACAGCUGCAGGCACCUUGGCUGUCUGGGCUUGCUGGGAGUUAUAGUUUUGCAACAGCUGCAGGCACCUUGGCUGUCUGGGCUUGCUGGGAGUUGCAGUUUUGCAACAGCUGGAGGCAAACUGGUUGAGAAACACUGUUCUAUAUUGUGGGGGGUCUGAUCUCCAAGACCCCCAUGAUGGCUAAAAUGAGGGUCUCCCAUUUGAAUGGAGUGGUGAUCGAACACCUACACUGGUGCCCCAGUUAAAAUCUAUGGGACUACCAAAGAUAGAAAUAUCAGUCCUAUAGAGUUAAAAUGGAGUAGCAAUGUACAUACCCCACCACCGCUCCAGUUGGCUCUCUAGUGAUCGCAUCCCCAGGAUCUAGCAGCAAACUCCUAUCUUCUUAUUAAAAUAUCCCUAUGAAGGGGUUAAACCACCUCUUUUUGUAUCUCACUGUCUAAAGAAAAUAUGCCCCGAAAGGUGUUUGUCCAAUAGAGUUACAACCCCGUCAAUUAAAGGGGUACUCCCCUGGAAAACAUUUUUUUUUUUUAACCAUCUGGUGCCAGAAAU